GUUAAUAAAGUUAAAUAAAAAAAUUGAAAGUAAAAUUUACUUCGAAGCUUCAGAGUUCAGAGUUCUCGUUGACCCUUCACCUUCUUCUCUCCUUGAUCGUCGGAAGAUAAGACUGACACAUCUACCGGAGAAGGCCAUGGCCGGGGAAUCUUCCGGUAGCAACUUCGGAGACUGUAACGGAGAAUUCGUCGGAAAAAGCCAUCGAAAGGUGGGUCUUGUUUACGACGAGGCGAUGUGCAAACACGACACACCUGACGGCGAGGAUCACCCAGAGUGUCCCGAUCGCAUCAGAGUUAUCUGGGAGAAGCUUCAGUUCGCCGGAGUCACUCAAAGAUGUGUGGUUCUUGGUGGUAGCAAAGCCGAAGAUAAGCAUCUGCAAUUGGUUCACACAAAGGACCAUGUUAAUUUAGUGAAGAGUCUAAGCACAAAGCAGAAAGAUUAUCGGAGAAACAGGAUUGCUUCACAGUUGAAUUCGAUAUAUCUGAAUGGAGGUUCAUCAGAAGCCGCAUAUCUUGCAGCUGGAUCAGUUGUGGAGGUGGCGGAGAAAGUUGCAGAAGGAGAGUUGGAUUGUGGGUUUGCUAUUGUCAGGCCACCAGGUCACCAUGCUGAGGCAGAUGAAGCCAUGGGUUUCUGUUUAUUCAACAAUGUAGCAGUCGCUGCUAGUUAUCUACUAAACGAAAGACCGGAUCUAGGUAUCAAGAAAAUUCUGAUCGUUGAUUGGGAUGUCCAUCACGGAAAUGGCACGCAGAAAAUGUUCUGGAAAGAUCCUCGUGUACUGUUUUUCUCUGUUCAUAGGCAUGAGUCUGGAAGCUUCUAUCCAGCGGGUGAUGAUGGAUAUUAUAACAUGGUUGGGGAAGGUCCAGGUGAAGGGUUUAACAUAAACGUUCCAUGGGAGCAAGGAAGAUGUGGAGAUGCAGAUUAUCUUGCCGCAUGGGACCAUAUCUUGAUUCCUGUUGCCAAGGAAUUUAAUCCCGAUAUUGUUUUGCUUUCAGCUGGAUUUGAUGCAGCUAUUGGUGAUCCACUUGGGGGUUGUCGUGUUACACCAUAUGGAUAUUCAGUUAUGUUGAAGAAGCUGAUGGAGUUUUCACAAGGAAAGAUUGUGAUGGCGUUAGAGGGAGGGUACAAUCUUGACUCCAUUGCAAAGUCUUCACUCGCGUGUGUCCAGGUUUUGCUUGAAGACAAACCAAUUCAAGGCUCUUCUGAAGCAUACCCGUUCGAGACUACAUGGCGUGUCAUACAAGCGGUACGCAAGAGGCUAUGUGCUUAUUGGCCUUCACUUGCAGAGGAAUUAUCAUUGAAGCUGAUUGAUCAAAAAACUCCUACUCCAAUUAUCGUCACCUCAAGCUCCGACUCUGAAACGGAAGACUACGCUAAUGAAAUCCUGGAUCAAAUGUCGAAACUCAACAUUGAAAACCACCAAGUAGAUACUGUCUCCACAUCUUGGAGAACUGAUCUCGCAAAGGUUGACGUUUGGUAUGCCUCUUUUGGAUCCAACAUGUGGAAACCGAGGUUCCUUUGCUAUAUUGAAGGGGGACAAGCCGAGGGAAUGAAAAAGGCAUGUGUUGGUUCAAUGGAUAAAAGUCCACCAAAGGAAAUAAUGUGGGAAACAUUUCCACACAGAUUAUUCUUUGGCCGUGAAUCCACAGUUACUUGGGGUGUAGGAGGAGUUGCUUUCACCAACCCCCUUACUAAUCUCAAUGAUCAAACUCACAUGUGUUUGUACAGAAUCACGCUUGAGCAGUUCAACGACGUUCUGUUUCAGGAAAAUGGCUUGAAAGUUGAUUCUGAUUCUCCUCUCUUUGAUCUAGCUGCUCUGCAGUUAGUACAGAACAAAGGAUCCAUCCCACUUGAAGCUGCUUCGGAUGGUUGGUAUGGAAACGUUGUCUUCUUGGGGAAACAAGGCGACAUCCCUGUACUUACAAUGACUUGCACACUUUCUGCUGUUGAGAAGUUCACAUCCGGUGAGUUCCCUUUAAGAGCUCCUGCAAAAGCCUAUGCCAACACUUUGGUAAGGGGACUUGUGGAAGGAGGAAGAUUCUCUGAAGAAGAAGCUCAGGCUUACAUAGACAACGCUGCAUCUAAACCUCUCUAGUUUAUUUUUUACCCCCAGAAACCGAGCUUUUGAUUGCGAUUUGGUGGUGCGGGUUUCUGAGUUAUUCAUUUAAUAUUGAAACCACAGGUUAAGGAAACAUUGUGUUUCUCUUGGUGUGUUAUGCUCGUAUGUAUCUUGGUUACCGAGAAGUUGCAUUCGGUUUAGUUUAUGGUUUUUGUAGGUACCGGUCACUGAAUGAAUAUUACCGGUUCAGAAUAUAUACUUAUAUUCUCAUAAUCAUAUUUUAUGGAUUAACAUACUAUUCGC